GAACUAACUCCGUCCGUCUAAAACCCUCAACAAUAAACUUUGUGCUGCUGCGACUGCUCUGAACUGAACCGGAAGAAGAACCAUGGCGUGCGUUGAUCCCCCAAGGAAGAAGAAGAGGAAGGGACAAUACGGCAUCGCAGAGCUGAAAACCCUAGGAAACCAGCUUCUCUCCUCAGCAUCCCACAUCAACAACCUUCCUCUCCUCCUCACCUUUGUUUCUCCUACUUCCCCUCCCCACCACGUCCUCGAAUCCCUUCUCUCUCUUCACUCCUUCUUCCUCCCCCUCCUCCCUCGCCUUCCUUCCUCCGCCGCCACCACCGCACCCUCCGACGGCGACCAAUCGGAGUUCAUAUACCUCACCUGGCUCCGUUCCAAGUUUGACGAGUUCCUCAAGUCCCUCAUCGACGUUCUCGCCUCGCAGCAAUCCGAUGAAACUCUCAAGGAACUCGUGCUGGACACGCUAAUGGAGUUCGUGAAGGUGGCCAAUGGCGGCGCCUUCCAUUCUGCUUUAUAUCAUAGACUUCUCCAGAGUAUUGUGCACUCUACUAGUCCCGUUACGUUUUUGGUUGAUUUACUUGCAUCGAAGUAUUUCAAGUAUAUUGAUGUCCGUUAUUUUACAUUCAUAAGCCUGAACAAGCUCGCCAGUACUUUGGAUGGAAAAGAUCUCUCAGAUGAUAAAGUUGAAGGUGCAGAUGUUACCACUGAAAGUCAAUUGAGUUCAAAUAUGGUAUGUGUCAUCCACAAUAUGUAUUACACUAUAUCACAUGUUCCUCCUCUUCAAGGCUCAGAUAAUACAUCAGAUUUUGAAAUGUGGAGCAGAUCAGAAAAUGACAAUAAGCAACUUUCUGGAGAUGUGGACGCUGAUGAUAAGCAGCUGAAGCCCCAGAAGCAUAAAAAUGUAUUAUCUUCAGCCAAAAUUGCCAAGAAGAUGAAGUUAAAGUUUACUAAAGCAUGGGUUGCAUUUCUUAGAUUGCCACUUCCCCUUGACAUUUACAAAGAGGUUCUUGUUAAUCUUCACCAAGUGGUUAUUCCUCAUCUGUCUAACCCCAUCAUGUUAUGUGAUUUCUUAACAAGAUCAUAUGACGUUGGUGGUGUAGUCAGUGUGAUGGCUCUUAGCAGCCUUUUUGUCCUAAUGACUCAGUAUGGAUUAGAAUACCCAAAUUUCUAUGAAAAACUAUAUGCCCUCUUAGUUCCAUCUAUCUUCAUGGCUAAGCAUCGAGCAAGGUUUUUUCAGCUUCUUGAUUCUUGCCUCAAGUCACCACUUCUUCCAGCAUACCUGGCUGCUUCCUUUGCAAAGAAAUUGAGCAGGUUGUUGCUUUUGGUUCCUCCUUCAGGGGCAUUAGUUAUUACAGCUCUGAUUCACAAUAUUUUGCGUAGACAUCCUUCAAUCAACUGUUUGGUGCACCGGGAAGAUGAUGUUGAUGAAGGGAAAGAAGAUCAUGGAACAGAUGAAGGAACUGCUGCUAACUCAGAUAAUGACAAGACUGGUGCCACACCCUGCCAGAAAUCCGGCAUUGACCAUUUUAACAAUUGCGAAACUAAUCCUAAGAAGUCAGGCGCUAUGAGAAGUUCUCUUUGGGAAAUUGAUACUAUUCUUCACCACUACUGUCCUCCUGUCUCAAGGUUUGCUUUGUCUCUUGGGAAUGAUUUGACAGUCCGGGCUAAAACAAGCGAAGUUAAUGUUGGUGAUUUUAGUGCUGGUUCAUAUGCAACAAUCCUUGGAGCUGAGAUAUCACGGAGAGUAAAGCAGGUUCCCCUGGCCUUCUAUAAGGCAACUCCUUCCUCUUUGUUUUCAGAGACUGAUUUUGCUGGUUGGACUUUCAAAUGUGAAGAAAUCCCCGAAAUGAUUAAUGACAAUAACGAGAAUGGUGCUAAAGAUUUAUCGGAACAUCAACGCUGUUCUGUGAAAAGACACCGAAUAGAGUGCUCGUGAUUCAUGUUUGUCCUCGAGAAUGCGCCUGUUUUGUGAAGAUGUGUUACUCCUGUUUUAUUUAUUUAUUUAUUCUCGAUUAAGCAUAAAGAAUAGGGGGUGUGGAUCGGGGGGUCGAUUUGGGGACAUGUUGGAGUAUUCAAUGUUUAUCCACACACUAAAAAUCCUGACUAAAUAGUAGAACUAUCCCCUUCAAUUUGUAGCUUUUGGGGGGAAAAGCAUAUCCUUAACCUGUUAUUAAAUUGAAGUGCAAGAUUUGCCCAU